AUGCCUCUGAGUGACACUACUGCCGAUACUGAUCCGAAUGUUAAUAGGUUACUGCUAAACUUUCUCUUAAUUACAGAGAUUACGAAGGAGCGUUUGAAUACACGUGGACGUAAGUGUAGAGGUAAAACCUUCUAUACUUACACGAUAAAUACUGCUAAUUACGUUAGAAAUAAUCAUCCCGUCGCAUCCAGAUCCACCAGGUCCGUAUCGGCUCUCGCGUGUAACCUAUAUAUCAAAGACUCCCUCAUCACCUUACGGCGCACGAUAGUCCAAUACAUUACAGCAAACUAUGAUUUUUACAGUAGCGAGAUCAAGAAUAGUCUUACUACCACAUUGAGUCUAAUAUAUAUCUACACGGACCUCUUGACGUCUCUAUAUAGACACUCUCUACUUGCUGUAUAUGUACAGUGGGUAGAUAAAGACCAUAAACUUUGUAACAACGUGACGUUAAACGACACAUGCCUCGAGUCUAUACAACGCAAGCUAAUAAAUAGACAUAGAAUUACCUUCCUUCUCGCAUCUUCUAAAGAGGCUCUCGUCGCAGCACUCGAAGCAUCAUCCGGUAAGGCUGCCGCCGAACGAAAUAUAGCAAAGAGAAAGAACGGAGAGCCGGCCAGAAAGCACAUGCGCAAGGGCAGCACAGCUAGUAAUGCUUCUAUGAUAUCGACUGAAGACUUAAGUGGCGUUAAAAAUGUCCCUUGUCAGAUCAUUAAUCGUGUAAUUAGAAAGAAGGACAAUAUCCAGUCCUUCAUGUCUAAUCAUGAAGAUACUAUUGGGGACAGCCGGCUACUAGUUAGAGAUUGGGAAUUGCUAGGCAAAUUUAUCCUUUCUAAAUACUGCUACUUAACUGAGGAGGUCCCUGUAUACGCCGCCGCUCUCCUUCUUGAUUCCCGCAAACGCAUCGCGUAUAUUAAGCAGAAUUGGCCAGAGAAAGAGCACGAAGAUGCUAUUGCCUCGGCCACAGUAUUCUAG